CCAACAGUGACGGCUGCUCCCAUCUACUUGCCGUACUAUGACGAGCGCGCGUGGUCGCUGGUUCGAGGGAGCAUCAUUUCAACGGAUCCCUCUGCUAGCAGGACAACGUUUACCAUUUUCUGCCCGACGCAAACUCCCCCCGCAUGCGACCUGUCUCUCGAAUUCCCCUUUGUCAUCGUGGAAGGGCCCGGUACGCUCGAGUUCCAUGGAACAGUGACUUCGACAUAUAUCGCUGAUGUGGAGUGCGACUUGAGCGGCACAACGGCCGCAACGUGUUCGGGUUACUCGAGCUACAGAUCCGGUUACACAAACGGACACCACACCGGGCCAACACAGGUUUCAUGGACGUCCACCUUUACUGGGUCGGAAGUGCAGUGGGGUACCUUGACGAUGGAUGAACCCCCA